AUGCUGCCGGUAGAGAGCAGCCAGGCGCCAAAACGCCGUCGGCUCGUUCGGAUCGCCGACGACGAUGAUGAGGAGGAGGCUGCACCGUCGCUGGUCCGAAGGCCUCGUAGCCGUUCGGACAAUGCACUGGCCACCACUGAUCGGGUGGCCAGCGACCCUCCUGCACCACGCGUCGCAGAAACGGGGGCACCGGCGCCGACCGGCAGGGCCAGGAGGAGCGCGGCGUCGGACGUCAACCCCGACCAAGUCACGGAGCGGAGGACGGCCGAGCCUGCUGCCGCCGUUGAGGACGCCGCGCCGCAGGCCGCAGGGCAGCCUGCGGCGGCGGCCGCUACUACAGGCGCUGACGGACAAACCGCCCCGGGCACGAUGACAACGGCGAAGUACCGGAAGAGGUGCUUCGACCAAAUAGAAGGCAUUGUGCCCGAGAACAAAACCCUGGCCGCGGAGUGCUCAAGGUGA